AAUAUCAGGAAAACAGACCUCUCCCUCAUAGCCAGUUUGCUUCUGAGAUUAUAAAAGCCGGUUGCGAACGAGCAGCCCAAGCUCAAAAUCGUUCUGAUAAUGCUGAGAGUAACAAUUCUACUGGUCGCGCUGCACGGCGCUCUUCAAGCAACGCCACAGUUGAAUAAGUGCUCCGGUGGUGAUAUCUGUGUACCUAUUGUACAAUGCCCAAUAUUUGGGUCUGAUCCACCUAUCACGUGGACACCGGCGGUACAGGACGAGUUUGAAAAGCGAGUGUGUGAGCAAGAAACCAAUAGUGUUAAUAGGACGAUAUACAAGGUAUGUUGCGAACCACCGGCUUCCGGCGAACCGAGCGAUGGUCGCAAGCGUGGCUUAGCAUUGCUUGACCUCAAAGGCUGUGGGAUGAACCGAAUGCACAGCAACGAAUCUGUGGAAAAUAAUGGCACUCUUGGGCAGCUGCCUUGAACGGCA